AUGCGGUGGAUCGGUUACGUGGCCACAAUCCUCUGGUGGUCGGGCAUCGCCAGGUCCCUCAGCACGUUGAAUCGAGGUCACAGUUACAAAAUCACCCCGAAGCCCUGUCGCGUCCCAGGUCCAGAGUCUAAGGAGGGCACGUGCAUGUUCGUCUGGGAGUGCAUCAAGUCGGAGGGAACGCACGUCGGCGUCUGCGUGGACACGUUCAUGUUCGGCAGCUGCUGCGUGCAUAAUUCGACGGCGAACUCGGUCGCCUCGCCCCAACAGCACCAGCAGCAUCAGUACCACCAUCAGCCGGCGUCUUCAUCGAAGCCUCUGAGGCCGACGUUGGCAGAGGCGUUGGGCAACGGGGCGACCAGACCUACGCUGACCUCCCUGUCCAGCUUCCUCGUCACGGAUUCGAUCACGUCCAGGCCGAGUCAUCAUUCCUCGGAGGCGUUCGACUCGUCCGGUGGGUCAGGCAGACCGUAUAAACCGUUGUCAGCGGGUUCAGCUAGGCCGUUGCAGAAGAGGCCACACGCGAAACCGACGUCGGACCACAAGGACAGGAUCCAGACCUCGGCGGUCCCGAACUCGUCGAGCUUCUGGGAGAAGGGCUCCCAGAGUACGAAGAGACCUGGUUCCACUGUCCUCUGGGAGAAGGGCGGACAGAGUACCAAAAGACCAGGACCUGGUUCCACUGACCUCUGGGAAAAGGGCGGUCAAAGUACCAAGAGACCAGGCUCUGAUCUCUGGGAGAAGACUCCACAGAGCACAAAGAGACCCAGCACCACUGACCUCUGGGAAAAAGGCGGUCAUAGUACCAAGAGACCAGGGUCUGAUCUCUGGGAGAAGACGUCACAAAAUACGAAGAGACCUGGUUCCACUGACCUCUGGGAAAAGGGCGGUCAAAGUACCAAGAGACCAGGCUCUGUCUGGGAGGACUCGGUUCAAAGUACGAAGAGACCCAAUCACGACGUUCAGGGCCUCCAACAGAAGACCAGACCAAACGACGACAGUCAGCACUCGGUUAUCAAGGAGAAGGACUCUACCCAGGAUGGCUUUCAGAGCCACCAUCAGGGAUUCAAGGAUAAAGUGGACGCGGGACAAAACGCGUUGACCGUAAGACUACCUGGAAAGGAGCACGCAUCUAACGAUGACGAAGGUAUUAGGCCGAACAGGCCGAGCAACCAAAGACCGUUCGAAACGAGGCCCGACGAGGGGAAGACUGAGGACACGGAUCUUAGUGUACAGGAGUCGGUCCACCGACCUAGCGUUAAUUCGGUUGAAGAAAGCGAAACCGCCAAGGAACCACACCCGAGCCUGAACUUUAUCCACACCGAGCGUCCACAAUGGGCGACCAAGCCAGUGUCGCUAAAGCCCACGACGGACUUCUCGAAACCGUAUUUCUCCGUCAAGACGACCACUUCCAAACCAUCGUCGAUGAACGACUCCAGGCCGAAUUUUGUCUCGAAGCCCAGCAACUCGAACACCUCGAAGACCUCUACCACUUCCAGGCCCACCAGGUAUUCGACUAUAAGCUUAAAACUUUUCUUUCAUUCUAGCGCAGCCGGAUCCGUGCCACAGACCUCUCACUGGCAAGUGACCACAGAGCCGGCGUUCAUCACCAAACAGAGGCCAUCCUCGUCCACGAAGCCAAUAAGUUCCCUGGAAACCGCUAAACCCGUGGUGGUCAGCUUACAUUUCUGGUCGGAGAACAGCUGGACCCCGCCAAGACCGUCCUUGAAACCGCACUGGACGGACAACCCUAGUCUCCUUCAGAACGGACCCGAGGCAUUCCCUCCGCGACCGAGUUUCAAGCCGACAGAACCGCAAGAAAAUACAGAGUUCCACAAACCGCUCGGCUCCGCGCACUACAUAACCACGUCCCAUUUCGAGACCUCGGCCAGACCUAGACCGACCAAGAAGACCACAACCUCGACCACGACCACAAGCACCACUACAUCCACCACUACGACCACGACCACGACCACAACCACGACCACAACACCGAGGCCAGAGACGACCGUGCCGACGACGGUCGCCGAGACGGUGAUCACCAAGACGGGAUCGGUGCUGACCGUGUCUGCGGCCGAUGAGAGUAAAGGCACGCAAUGCGGCGUCCCGCCGUUGUUUCCACGGCCGGAGACCAGGAUCGUCGGCGGCAAGGACGCACCGUUCGGUCGAUGGCCUUGGCAGGUGUCGGUGCGACGCACCUCGUUCUUCGGGUUCUCGAGCACCCAUCGGUGCGGCGGUGCAGUGCUGAACGAGAACUGGAUCGCCACCGCGGGACACUGCGUCGACGACCUGCUGACCUCGCAGAUUCGGAUCCGUGUCGGCGAGUACGACUUCUCUUCGGUCCAGGAACGUCUGCCGUACGUUGAGCGAGGGGUCGCGAAGAAGGUGGUCCAUCCGAAGUAUAAUUUCUUCACGUACGAGUACGACCUCGCGUUGGUCAGGCUGGAGAGCUCGUUGACGUUCGCCCCCCACAUAUCGCCCAUCUGCUUGCCCGCCACGGACGACCUUUUAAUCGGCGAGAACGCGACCGUCACUGGCUGGGGGCGGCUCAGCGAGGGUGGCACGUUGCCCUCCGUGCUGCAGGAGGUAUCCGUGCCUAUAGUGAGUAACGAUAGAUGUAAGUCAAUGUUCCUGAGAGCUGGUAGACACGAAUUCAUACCAGACAUAUUCCUGUGCGCGGGAUACGAGACCGGUGGUCAGGACUCCUGUCAGGGUGACUCGGGCGGGCCGCUUCAAGUCAGAGGUAAAGAUGGCCGUUACUUUCUCGCCGGGAUCAUCUCGUGGGGUAUCGGUUGCGCGGAGGCGAAUCUGCCCGGUGUGUGCACGAGGAUCUCGAAAUUCGUCCCGUGGAUACUGAAGAACGUGACCUGA